AACAAAUAAUUUGAGAUUAUAUGUAUGACAAGCUAAAAUGUGAUGGAAGAUAAUGCACUUGAUUUUGUUAAUACUUGUAAAUAUUUCAUAUUGUAUAUCAGAUAGUUCUAAAGAUAAUUGGUAUAAAAGCCUACUAAAAGAUGACGCAGAUGGCUGGAUAGAUCUCAGAUACUUACCGAAUUCUAUUCGAAGUGAUCCCCUCAGCACCAUGGUGCAUUCUUAUGCGGAGAGGAGGCUAGACUUCGAAUUCCCGUACUACGGGGAACUGUUGGGAUCUUUUCUUGCCACGGGACAAGGUUUCUUAUAUAUGGGAAACAACUAUGGACAAGCCUUGUACGAAACGAAGUUCAUAGCCCCGCUCAUGGCUGGGUUCAGUCCUACAGCACCUCCCAGAAAACCACAGGAUGUCAGACAUUUCUCCAAUGGUACAAUUUAUAUAAAUCAGUGGUCAGACAUGUCGCUCGAAUCUCAAAGAGAUGAUGGUGUAUUUACCUUCCAAGUGCAGCUCCACAGUAAUGGCGUUAUCAAGUUCCUAUACAAGGAAGUGCCGAUCCCAAUCGCAGAUAUCAACUCAACUGAACACGUAGCGAUAGUGGGGAUAGCUGACGCGUAUCGCGGGGAGAUAUACACCGAUCAGCUCAUAACCUAUAACGAGAUACAUCCUAAAUAUACCCUGAUUCGCCCUGACACCACCGUCACCUUCACUCCUAUCCCCACGUGCGGUAGUCAGAAGUCGUGCAAGUCCUGUGUCGGUUACAAUGCGAGAUGUGUCUGGUGCUCAUCACUCGACAGGUGUUCGACCCAAGAAGGUCUAGAAAGAUACAACAACCUUUGGAAGCAGCACCACUGCCCGGACACGGCCGUCAAUAGCUGCCAGGGCAUCAAAACGGACACUACUCCUAACCGACCAGAAGUGUCCUACUCCGCAACCUCACAUGCUACUUUCGACACUACUCCUGAGAUCGUAACUCUUCACCCUGAUAUUAGAUUCCCUGUGGACCCUAUGGACCCCAAGGACGACACUGAACCCCCACCGAACCCGACACAGGCUCCCAAACACGACAGCACCAGUAUGACGAUAAUAACGACGAUCAGCAUCACGGCGGUGUGCAUCGCCGCCAUCCUCGUAAUAUCCGCCCUGCUCAUCCUUAAACUGAGAAAACCUGUCCUCAGCCCUAUCAAGAUGGAGGAAAUCAAGUCGUGUAACGAAGACUGUUCCCGAACAUUUAUAGAGCAAAACAAUACUAGUCAGCCGUACCCACAGUACCAGUUUGUCAUGACUGAGGAUCAUGAUCACACAGUGUCAGUAGUGGUGUGAAACCGCGCAGCGUGCACGUCCCGCGGUCAGUGGCGAGUGUGCCAUGCACGUGCUCGUGCACGUGAUCAUGCACGUGUUCGUCCGCUGAUCGCUCAUCAGUUGCACGUGCGUGGUGGGGUGUUUUUACAAAUUUUUUGCAAAUCUGGGACUUUUGGAAGUCCUUUUGUUAAUUAAAUAUCUUUUUGCUGUAUAAAUUGGUUAAUAUAUAGCUGAUAUGUGUAUUUCUAUAGUAAGUUUCAAAAGAAGAUAAGUUGGGGGGAGUCUUGGUACAAAUAAAGUUUUUAAUCAAUACAAUCAGCACAACACUCAAGUUUCCCUGGGUGAAAACAUAUCCAGUUACUCUGAGACAUUGUUUGAGGAUUUUACAUUAAAAGAAUACGAUAAAAACCCCCCUCGGGUCGAGCGGUCAAGUGAUGGAAACCUGAUAAGAAACUCCGCUUUUUACUUUGAGGGCUUCGGCAUGCUUCAAUAAUAUGCUGCCUGGCAUUAUAAUGUUGUUUAAUCUCAACAUCCCAGUAUAUCAUAUAUUUAUAAAUGUAAAGUCUUUGUCUCGAACUUUUGGCGAUGCAGCCUGACACCUCGGUAUCACAUUGUAAUUGUCACCUAGUUCUUCCAUAGAUCCAAAACUUUUCCACGAUUAGCCUGAAAGCCUCUAAAAGUGCUUGUCUCCGGCACAUGAGGGUGAUUAAUGAAGAGCACAUUUUUUGAAAGUAUUUAGCAAAUUUAGGAUUCAUCAUUACACGUGACAUUCUUUUCAUAUUAUGAUUUCGUCACUUGACCCACGCCCAUCAGGGUCAAUCUAGUUCGGGGAUUUCUAGCGAGCAAGUGAAGUUAUUAAACUUCUGCAAGAGCACCUUUUUAACCUAUUUUGAACCUUUAAACAAAUACAUUUCUUAACUGCAUGAACAUUUUUAACCAAAAGCAGAGAACUGUCUGUUGAGGGAUGACAUACCUUGGCAUAAAGCAUCAAGUUUAAAAUUUAAAUACGAAAUUUGUUAGUUUUUGGUAUUAUACUUGACGAAAAAAAUUGGAUUCAGUUUUCUUCGGACUUAACUUUUAAUCUGUAACGAAUUUAGACUGAAUUUUGAGACAAAGGAAAUAAUGACUAUAUCUGUAUUCUGUACAUAAAAAAUUUCUGACGUACAAUGUUAAAAUUUUUAAAUUUUAGGACAUGAGACCUAUAAUGGUGAUACCUAUUAUUAGUCUAUAUUAUAUCAUUAGCAUUUUUUAAAUUUUUUGAAGAUAAAUAAUUUGUGUAGUAGCUUGGGUAUGUUAUAGUGAAUUUACUCGCCUACAACGCGAGUGUGGAAUGGUGUGAAUGAUACUUAAAAUGCAUCAUUGAGAAGCACCCUGUUGGAUAAAAUAUGUUACUUUUAUACACAACUCUAGAGCUCUUACAUCUAGAUUUUAUAAAUAUUCACGACAAUAAGUUAUAGCGAUGCGUUUUCUUACAACUUUUAGGACUUAAUUUUAAAGAAACAGUGACUUGUCAUGGACAUGAUGUAUUAUCAGUGUUUUUUUUCUAAACUUUCGAAUAGAUUUGAAAUAUUUUAUGAACUAAAUUGAACCAGGAUAGAGACGUGGCUAUCAGGAGGGAAACAGUGCACAUCUGACACGUGACAGCAGGAAGCAAAUUCCGUGGUUGUAACAGCGAUUUGAUUAGCUAAGUUAUUGUAGCUAUACGCUGAUAGGCCCUCUACUGUCGCGUGUCAAAGCAAACACUGCCUCCCAAGGGAUAGCUCCACAGGUUGAGCUGUGAAAUUGGCAGUAAAACAGUUAAAUAACGCUAAUGUAAUAUAUAACCAGUUCUGAAGAUAUCUACUGGUCUGUGUUUUUAGCUUUAUUCUCUAAAUAUUUAUUGUAUUACUGUAUCUCCGAAUUGAAAAUUGUGAUUUAUGACCUUGUUGCUUUGUUCCGCUCCGGAACUUCUGUUUUAAAA